AGAUUUUCCUCUUGCCUAUACUGCUGCAGUGGCAACGCAGAGUGGAGUUGAGAGUCGAGCCGUGGAGUACCAGGAACAGGUUUCAGGCAGAAACAUGAGCAGGAAUGGAAAACAGGAGGCCACGGCCGCGGCUAAGGAAGAGUUUGUGGGAUUCUUCACCCAGAUUGUCAUGGACUUGACCAUUGAUGAGCUCCAUGUUACAGAAGUGUCUGAUGCCGUUGGCAGGCUAAAACAGGUUAUAGAAUACAAUGCUGUAGGAGGGAAAUACAAUCGGGGCCUGACUGUUGUGGCCGCCUUCCGAGAGCUGGCCGGGCCAGGCCAACAGGAUCAGAAGAGUUUCCAGAGGGCUCUGGUUGUUGGCUGGUGUGUCGAGUUGCUGCAGGCUUUUUUCCUGGUGGCAGAUGACAUCAUGGACUCGUCCCUCACACGCCGGGGCCACACCUGCUGGUACAAAAAGGAAGGGAUUGGCUUGGACGCCGUGAACGAUUCUUUCCUGAUCGAGUCCAGCAUCUACCGGCUGCUGAAGAAGUACUGCCGGGGACAGCCCUUCUACCUCAACCUGCUAGAACUGUUUCUCCAGACUUCAUACCAAACUGAGUUAGGCCAGGCUUUGGACCUCAUGACUGCGCCCCAAACCCAGGUGGAUCUGAACCGCUUCACGGAAGAGAGGUACAAGGCGAUUGUUAAAUUCAAGACGGCAUUCUAUUCCUUCUACCUACCAGUGGCUGCUGCUAUGUACAUGGUAGGCGUUGAUGGUGAAGAAGAUCACGCUCACGCCAAGGCCAUCUUGCUGGAGAUGGGGGAGUUCUUUCAGAUCCAGGAUGACUUCCUCGACUGCUUUGGGGAUCCCGACGUGACCGGCAAGAUCGGGACUGACAUCCAAGACAACAAAUGCAGCUGGCUGGUCGUGGAGUGUUUGAAACGGGCCUCCCCAGAGCAGAGGCGCCUUCUAGAGGAGAAUUACGGACAGAAGGAUCUGGACAAGGUGGCCCGUGUGAAGCAGCUCUAUGAGGAGCUGGGCCUGCAGGCCGUUUACCAGGAGUACGAGGAGAGCAGCUACCAGCGCCUCACGGCCCUCAUUAACCAGCAUGCCGUCCGCCUGCCCCCCCAGAUUUUCUUUGGCCUGGCCCAGAAGAUCUACAAGAGGCAGAAGUGACGGCCCCGCCCCUUAGUGAGGAAGCCAGCCGGUCGCUUCCUGUUUCAGCCAAGGCCUGAGCCCUCACUUAGUGCAAUGGAGGGGGGGUGGAGUUAAACUCUUGAGGUAACCUAGAAGAGAGUACUGAAUCCCCGCCCCCCCCCCCCCAAAAAAAAAAACACACCAGCGCUUUGAAGGGGCUCUUUCUACUAGUUCCGGAGUUGUUUGUUAAGCUCAUGUCAGUUCGAGAUUUGCAGGGCUGUUAUAAAUCCUCGUAUCUUUUACUGAGGGGUUCUCUUUAUGCUGGGGGUAUUAGCGUUUUGAGAAUUCUGGAGAGGGCAGUAGAGAUGGGGGAGCUAAAGACUUUAAAACUAGUUUUCAAAGGUUUUUUGUUUUGUGUUGUUUUGAAACUGAAUGUGAAACGCGGUUAAAGGUGCUCUCGAGAGGACCUAGUUAUUGUUGGCUAGCCCGGGGUGUGGCUUUGGUCUGUAGUGGCCAUGCUGCCACCCUCGACCUACGGUGGGCAUUCUUCCCACAUCUUGCACAUUCUCGGAAACAGUAAUAGCUGGCUGCUUCUCUCCCUGGAGCGCAGGAGCCUGUCUUUCUUAUAUCCUGAACGCCAGCUGGCUUUCAUAGCUGAAUAAUAACCCUAUGAUUAAACAGGCCAUACAGAAAGAGCUCCCCAUCCCCCAGUACCUUCUGGGAAGAGAAUGAAGGGUUUUCUUUCUCUUUGGAUCUGUACCUGUUUCCCACUAGUCGCCUGUCUCCCUCUUUCUUUCUUUCUUUCUUUCUUUCUUUCUUUCUUUCUUUCUUUCUUUCUUUCUUUCUUUCUUUCUUUCUUUCUUUCUUUCUUUCUUUCUUUCUUUCUUUCUGUUGCUUCCUUCCUCUUUCUCGUUCUCUCUUUCUCCCUUCCUUCCUUCCUCUUUCUCUUUUUCUCUUCCUUCCUCUUUCUCUCUUGUUUUCUUCCUUCCUCUUUCUCUCUUCCUUCCUCUUUCUCUCUUGCUUUCUUCCGUCCUUCCUCUUUCUCUCUCUCUUCCUUCCUUCCCUCCUUCCUUCCUUCAUCAGGGGGAGAGAAGACAGCAGCAUCAUCCUUACUUGAACAUAGGGAUCUUCCCUCGUUGUUGGCCUGCCCCUUUAAUUGCCUGCUCCCCAAAACCUACAGACUUCCAUCCAUCUUUGGGGGGGGGGGGGGGGCAGCAGGGGUCUGGAAGAUUCUCUUAUCUGUUUUUGAGGAGCGGCUGGGAGAGAAAGUGAUUCUAGGGAAGCAGCAGAGAUUUCCUGUGCAUCUGUCCAUUACUCUCAUGGUUAGAGCUGUAGCAAAACAGAGCAUUCAGGCUGAAGGAAAGCAUUCAUAGUAAUAAAUUAUUUUUUAAAACCUCA